AACCAUGGCUGAAGUGCACGUGAUCGGGCAGAUCCUAGGGGCCACCGGUUUCUCUGAAAGCAGCCUCUUCUGCAAGUGGGGCAUCCACACAGGGGCUGCGUGGAAGCUCUUGUCAGGUGUGCGGGAGGGCCAAACGCAGGUAGACACACCUCAGAUAGGGGAUAUGGCUUACUGGUCCCACCCCAUCGACCUGCACUUUGCCACCAAAGGUCUCCAAGUGAUCGCUAUGGUGUGGAGUGUUGAGGGACUUCAAACCGCCACUAGUCACAGUCUGGCACAGCGGCCAAGAACACGGACGAUGGAUACCGGCAGUGUUGGCCUCGGCCAGGUCAUGGCCCCUCUUGUCCCACCUGGGACUGCAAGGCCAGCUUCUCCUCUGAGGCCCAUGCUCCACUGAAUUACUGGCUAGUUAGUGUGUGGGUUCCAGGGACUCAAGGAGAACUGGCAUUUGGGCUCGUGGGAGACACUUAAUAAAAGCUGGCUGUUUUCAUGGGUA